UCAACAUGGCGGAUCAAUAACAAACGUCUUGUGCGUUAUUCGACAUUUGGUAACAAAUCUUGGAAACAUGGCUGACAAAAAAGGGAAACAUGUUGGGGCCAAGAGGACACUAACCAAGAAAGAACAGGAAGAGCUGAAGAAAAAGGAAGAAGAGAAAGCAGCCGAGGUUUUUGAAGAGUUUUUGGCAUCAUUCGAUGGCAACGAGAAGAGCGGGGUGAAGACUUUUGUGCGUGGGGGGAUUGUCAAUGCCACGAAAGAGGAAGAGGCUGCAGAGGUGAAGAAGAGCAAGCUCUACCGACCCGCCACCAAAUUCACGCCACUGCCUCAGAAUGUGUUGUCAACGCCGCCAGCGGAGAAGAAACCUAUUGUCAAGAAGAAGACUGAGGAGAAGAAAAAGAGCAACCUUGAACUCUUUAAGGAAGAGCUGAAGCAGAUACAGGAGGAGCGAGAGGAGAGGUACAAGAGGAAGAAAAACGACCCCGGAGGCUUCACUGACCUGGACACGCCCACCUCGCGACGCUCGAUAUUUGAUGAUGACCCUGCAAUGCCCAACACUACAAAUCUCUACAUUGGAUGCAUUAACCCAAAGAUGAAUGAGGAGAUGCUCUGCAAGGAGUUUGGGAAAUACGGGCCCCUGGCCAGCGUCAAGAUCAUGUGGCCGCGGACGGACGACGAGCGUACGCGGGUCACCAACCGCGGCUUCGUCGCGUUCAUGACACGCAAGGACGCGGAGAGGGCGCUGGCGGCGCUGGACGGCAAAAUGGUGAUGGGCUUUGAGAUGAAGCUGGGCUGGGGCAAGGCGGUGCGCAUCCCGCCCCAGCCCCUCUACACCCCCAUCGGGGUGCUGAAGACGUCCACGCCCCCACCACCAUCCGGACUGCCCUUCAAUGCCCAGCCCCGAGAGCGCUUCCGCAACGACUUCACCAAACCCCUCAACCGCUCCAAGGAGGAGUUCGAAAAGACUCUGUCCGAGGCCGUAGUCAAAGUGGUUAUCCCGACAGAAAGAAACCUUUUAGGGCUCAUCCACAGAAUGAUUGAGUUUGUGGUGCGGGAGGGGCCUAUGUUUGAAGCCAUCAUCAUGAGCAAUGAGAAGAGCAACCCAGACUUCAGGUUUCUGUUUGACAACAAGAGCCAGGCGCAUGUAUACUACAGGUGGAAGCUGUACUCCAUACUCCAGGGCGAGUCCCCCAAUGAGUGGAGGACGGCAGACUUCCGCAUGUUCCGCGGGGGCUCCAUUUGGCGGCCGCCCCUGCUGAACCCCUACCUGCAUGGAGCUGAGGACAACCGCGAGGAAGAGGAGGAGGAGGAGGAGCUGAAGAAGGGCCAGCUGAAGGCGGAGCACAGAGACCGGCUGGAGAACAUCUUGCGGACGCUGACUCCGCGCAGGGACGACAUCGGCGACGCCAUGGUGUUCUGCCUGGAGCGAGCGGAGGCAGCGGAGGAGGUGGUAGGGUGCAUUGCCGAGUCCCUAUCCCUCCUCCAGACGCCGCUGCAGAAGAAGAUUGCAAGAUUAUAUUUGGUAUCUGAUAUAUUGUACAACUCAAGUGCCAAGGUGGCCAAUGCGUCCUACUAUCGGAAAUACUUUGAAGCCAAGCUGCCCCAGAUAUUCGGUGACAUCAGCGAGGCGUACCGGAAUGUUCAGGCAAGGCUUCAGGCUGAACAGUUCAAACAAAAGGUCAUGUGGUGCUUCCGGGCAUGGGAAGACUGGGCCAUCUACCCAGAGUCCUACCUGAUCCAGCUGCAGAAUAUCUUCCUGGGCCUGGUCAAAGCUGGUGAGGAAGUGAUUGCAAGAUCAGAGUCUCCUGACCUGGACGGGGCACCCAUGGAGGAUGUGGAUGGGGUGCCUUUAGAGAAUGUGGAUGGCUCACCCAUGGCCAGCCACCCCUGGGACCCCGCCUCCCUGGAUGGAGUGCCUGUGGAUGACAUCGAUGGCGUACCCCUUGGUGACACAAUGGAUGAUAUCGACGGGAUGCCUUUGGAGGAGAACGCUGAUAAAGGCAAAGCUCCCCCUCUCGCCUGUGUGGCCCUGUCCAAAUGGGAGAGAGUGGACGACACAGAAGUCCUACCACAAGCAAACACUGAAUCAAAAUGGGACACACUUGAAGACCAGGACUCCGAAGACAAUAUGAAUGUUAGUGCGGACACCAAGGAUGACGACAGGGACUCUGAUGAAGACAGCAGUGACGAAGACUCCUCCAGCCCCUCCAAAUUCGACGGUGCCGACUUCAAAAGCUCCGUGAGCAAUUUUGAAAUGUCAGAGAGCAAGAGGACGAAGCUUCGGGAGCUGGAGGUGAAGGUCAUGAAAUUCCAGGACGAGCUGGAGUCAGGCAAAAGACCCAGGAAGCCAGGGAAGACUGUUCAGCAGCAAGUAGAACACUAUAGGAACAGGCUUUUACAGAAGGAGUUUGAUAAGGACGACCCUGAGAAGAAGGACAGACCCACACAGAAGUCCAAAGACAGAGCAAAAAAAGAGGAGAAGAAGGACAAGUUGGAGGAGCGCAGCAAAGCCAAGGAGAAGGACAAGGACAAGGACAAGGAUAAGGACAAGGACAAGGACAGAGACAGGAAGAGGAGCAAAGAACUGAGCCAAGACCGUGAACGCAACCAUGGGCGCAGCAAAGACAUUGAGGAGCGCACUGACCGAUACAGGAGCAGCUCCCCAUCCACGUCAAAAUCGAAAUCCCCGAAGAAGUCCAAGAGAUCACGGUCACCGUCGCCAAGCAGACGGUCGUGGAGGUCGAGUUCCAGGUCCCCUCAUCGUUCCCACAAAAAGUCAAAGAAGAGCAAACACUGACACCCCUUCCCCA